GCCGCCUACUGGACAAGAGACUGGCUGCUUUCAACAGGUUCAUCAUGGUCGCUCCCCCCCUCGUCUGGCUCCACCUCUUAUGCAGGCUUAAAAUAUGUUUGUGGACCAACUUCAUACACGCUCAGUGAUGACGAGCGUCACUCACGGUCCUUGAAUAUUAAAGUUACACAUUAAAGUAAAAAAUAUAGCAAUACGGUCAACGGUCAAAAAGGUGAGUUGCCUUUUUAGAAUGAUCCUUCUCGGUGACAUAAUAACAAUUCACUCCCAUCUAUUCUUUGUCUUGACACAUUUUUAACAAUUACCUUCAAGUAUAAAUAAAGCAAGCCAAUGAAUUUACGACGACUUGAAAUCUUACCCGAGACGAGCGUGAUUGAAGUUUGUCGCCUCCUCAGGUCUCAAGAUGGUUCAUCGUGUGGAUGAAGCAUCCGCUCUAUUCCUCAAUGCCUCGCCUGGUGUCGCGUCAGUGCAGAUGAGCGACGAUAGUGACAUGGACGUGGUCGCCUUAAUCUUCAACGUGCUCACCGUCCUGCUUGGCCUUCCGGGCAACGGCAUUGUGAUCUUGGUGGUGGGAUUUCGGCUCAAGGCAACCGUCCUCAACGUGUGGCUGGUCAACCUAGCCACGGCGGACCUAAUCUUCUGUGUCACCCGAAUCUUCUCUCUGGUCAGGGUUCUGUUCCUGAACCACUGGCCCUUUGGCUUGUUCAUGUGCAGGCUCAAAGCCUUCUUCAAGUACACCAACAUGUUUUGCUCCGUCUUCAUGCUGGCCAUCAUCAGCGUGGACCGAGCCGCCUGCGUCUGGUUGCCGGUGUUAACUCGGCGCCGCCGCACCGUGUGCGCCGCCCGGCUCGUGACUUUGGGCACAUGGGUGGGGGCUGUUACCUUAAGCUGGCCCUUCUUCCAUUACCGAGGCAUCUUGGUUUGCAAUAAAAACCUGAGCAGCUGCAUCUUGGAUGACAAGAUCCACACACAGGUCAAGACGGCGCUCUAUGUCGUGCGCUUCCUGUGCGGCUUCCUGAUACCCUUCACGGUCAUCCUGGCUUGCUACAUCCUGGCCGGGGUGGGCAUUCGCCGCACCCGCUUGACGGCUAAGACGCGCCCCCUAAGGCUGAUGGCCCUGCUGGUGUGCGCCUUCUUCAUGUGCUGGGCUCCUUACCAUGGCCUGCAUAUUCUCCGGUUGGUGGACAGCAGAAGCUUGUGGGACGUGCUGAUGCCCACCGCCAAGGGUCUGGCUUUCUUCCACAGUUGCGUCAACCCGUUUCUUUACUUCUUUGUGGGGUACAAGAUGAAGGGCUGGCCCAAAAAAUGUCUGCCGCGAGUGUUCAAGAGCGCUAUGGAUGACAACCUUGCCAAUGAGAUCGGGCAGUCCAACUACAGCAUCAGAGACAGAAUGGAAAUAAAAUUGACUGAAAAAUAGCAACACAGAAAGCAGGUUCAAUAAAUAAACAAGUCAGUGUGCUUUAAAAAAGCCAGAAAUUCUUGUACACUUUUAGGCCGCUAUUCGGGUCCCUGGAUGCAUCGCCACAAAGAGUCAUAAAGGUUAGGAGACGUUUUGAAGAGGCCCAAAGACUUCUGCUGUCCUUUAUCUCACCAUCUGCAGAAGAGG